CUUGAGCAGACGCGUAGCCGCCUUGCGCCCGACUUCUGCCUCUGGGGCCCAAGCUGCAGUCCUGGUUGCGUUUAAACCGGAAGCGGGAAGUGGCGUGCAAGAAGAAGCACCUGCAGGAUCCGUGGCCCCGGGGAGAAGCUAAGCAGAGCGGGCUGUGGAGGUUAGAAUGCAGCGGCAGCGGUGCGGAACGAGCGCGGCUGCUUCUAUAAGGAUAUGUGUUCUGAAGUCCUAAGCCAUGAGUCUAGCACUUAAUGAUCUCCUUAUAUGCUGCCGGCAACUUGAACAUGAUAGAGCUACGGAACGCAGGAAAGAAGUUGAGAAAUUUAAACGCCUGAUUCGGGAUCCUGAAACAGUUCAACAUUUAGAUAAACAUUCAGAUUCCAAACAAGGAAAAUACUUGAAUUGGGAUGCUGUUUUCAGAUUUUUGCAGAAAUACAUUCAGAAAGAAACAGAAUGUCUGAGAACUGCAAAACCAAAUGUAUCAGCCUCAACACAAACUUCCAGACAGAAGAAGAUGCAAGAGAUCAGCAGUUUGGUCAGAUACUUCAUCAAAUGUGCAAAUAAAAGAGCACCCAGGCUAAAAUGUCAAGAACUGUUGAAUUAUGUCAUGGAAACAGUGAAAGAUUCAUCUCAUGGUACUACUUAUGGAGCUGAUUGUAGCAACAUACUGCUGAAAGAUAUUCUUUCAGUGAGAAAAUACUGGUGUGAAAUAUCUCAUCAACAGUGGCUAGCAUUGUUCUCUGUGUACUCCAGGUUGUAUCUCAAACCUCCACAAGACAUUAAUAGAGUUCUGGUUGCCAGAAUAGUUCAUACUGUCACCAGAGGAUGCUGUUCACAAACUGAUGGAUUAAAUGUAAAGUUUUUGGAUUUUUUUUCCAAGGCUAUUCAGUAUGCGAGACAAGACAAGAGCUCUGCAGGCCUAACUCAUAUCUUAGCAGCCCUUACAAUCUUCCUCAAGAGUUUGGCUGUUAACUGUCGAAACCGUGUGUGUGAAUUAGGGGAUGAAAUUCUUCCUACCUUACUAUGCAUUUGGACCCAAAAUAGACUUAAUGAUUCCUUAAAAGAAGUAAUUAUUGAAUUAUUUCAACUCCAGAUUUAUGUCCACCAUCCACAAGGAGCCAGAACCCAUGAAAAAGGAGCUUAUGAAUCAACAAAAUGGCAAAGUAACUUAUACGACUUAUAUGACCUGCUAGUAAAUGAGAUAAGUCACAUAGGAAGUAGAGGAAAAUAUUCCUCAGGAUCUCGUAAUAUUGCUGUCAAGGAAAGUUUGAUUGAACUGAUGGCAGACAUUUGUCACCAGCUUUUUAAUGAAGAUACCAGAUUCUUGGAUAUUUCUCUGUGCUAUACUAGUACACAAAGAGAAUCUACUGAUUACCCGGCACCCUGCAAAAGGAGGAGAAUAGAAGUGGGCUGGGAAGUGAUAAAAGAUUAUUUGCAGAAGUUACAGAAUGACUUUGAUCUUGUGCCUUGGCUACAGAUUACAACCCAGUUAAUAUCAAAGUAUCCUGCAAGUUUACCGAACUGUGAACUUUCUCCAUUACUGUUGAUACUGUAUCAGCUUCUGCUUCAGCAGCGACGUGGGGAACGUACACCAUAUGUGCUGCGAUGCCUUACAGAAGUUGCCUUGUGUCAAGGCAAGAAAUCAAACCUUGAAAGCUCUCAAAAGUCAGAUUUGUUGAAACUCUGGAUUAAAGUUUGGUCUCUUAUCUUUCGUGGUAUAAGUUUAGAACAGAUACAAACGGAAAACUUUGGUUUAGUUGGAGCCAUUAUUCAAGGUAGUUUAGUUGAACUUGACAGAGACUUCUGGAAAUUAUUUACUGGCUCAGCCUGUAAACCUUCAAGCCCUUCAGUAUGUUGUUUGGCCUUGGCACUGAACAUCUGUGCAGUUCCAGACACAGAAAAAACUGGAACAGAACAAAAUAUUUGUGAAGCCAAUAGAAAUUUUUCCUUAAGGGAGUCGAUAAUGAGAUGGCUUUUAUUGUAUCAGUUAGAGGAUGACUUAGAAGACAGUACAGACCUUCCACCCAUUCUUCAGAGUAAUUAUCCUCAUCUAAUACUGGAGAAAAUUCUUGUGAGUCUCACUGUGAAAAACUGUAAAGCUGCAAUGAAUUUCUUCCAAAGUAUGCCACAAUGUGAACAUCACCAAAAAGACACCAAGGAACCUUCAUUUUCAGAAGUAGAAGAAUUAUUUCUUCAGACAACUUUUGACAAGAUGAAUUUUUUAACCAUUGGGAAAGAAUGUGCUCCAGAAAAGUACCAACAUAAUGUUGGCUUCUCUGUGUACCACAAUCUAAAGGAAUCAUUGGAUCAUUAUCUUCUGGGAUUAUCAGAAAAACUUCUAAAUAGUUACUCAUCUGAUAUUACAAAUACAGAAACACUUGUCCGAUGUUCAAGUCUUUUGGUGGGUGUUCUUGGCUGCUACUGUUAUGUGAGUAUAAUAACUGAAGAGGAAGCAUAUAAAUCAGAAUUAUUCCAUAAGGCCAAGUCUCUCAUGCAGUGUGCAGGAGAAAGCAUCUCUCUGUUUAAAAAUAAGACUAAUGAGGAAUAUAGAAUCGGUUCAUUGAGAAAUGUGAUGCAUCUAUGUACGAGUUGCUUGUGUAAAUGUACCAAGGAGAAUCCAAAUAAGACUGCAUCUGGCUAUUUCUUACGAUUGUUAACAUCAAAGCUUAUGAAUGAUAUUGCAGAUGUUUGUAAAAGUUUAGCAUCCUUUGUUAAAAAACCAUUUGAUCACAGAGAAGACGUAGAAUCAGUGGAGGAUGAUCCUGAGGAAAAUCUCAUGGAUGUGAAUGAUCCAUCUUCCAUGAACCUAUGUAAUGACUACUCUGCUAGUGCUCUGAGUGAUACAAACGAUUCUGGAGAGAUCCAUAGUACUAUAGGUGCCAUGAGUCCUUUAACUGAAGACUACCUAUCAAAGCACGAUCUACUCCUUUUAGAUAUGCUCAAGUUUUUGUGUGUAUGUGUAACUGCAUCUCAGACCAAUAAUGUGUCAUUUAGAGCAGCUGAUAUUCGGAGGAAAUUGUUAAUGCUAGUUGAUUCUACCACACUAGAUCCUACUAAACCGCUCCACCUACACAUGUACCUAGUGCUUUUAAAGGAGCUCCCUGGGGAAGAGUGUCCUUUGCCUAUGGAAGAUGCUGUUGAACUUCUGAAACCACUAUCCCAUGUGUGUUCUUUGCAUCGUCGUGAUCAAGAUGUGUGUGCAACAGUUUUAAACCAUGUCCCUUAUAUAGUGAGAAACUUGGGUCAAGGCAGUCUGGACACUGAGAAUGCAAGGGAUGCUCAAGGCCAGUUCCUUACAGUGAUUGGAGCAUUUUGGCACUUAACAAAGGAGAGGAAAUGUACAUUCGCUGUAAGAUUGGCAUUGGUCAAAUGCCUUAAAACUCUGCUUGAGGCUGAUCCAUAUUCAAAAUGGGCAAUUCUUAAUGUAAUGGGAAAAGACCUCCCUGUAAGUGAAGUAUUUCCACAGUUUCUUGCUGAUGAUCAUCACCAAGUUCGAAUGUUGGCUGCAGGGUCCAUCAAUAGAUUAUUCAUGGAUAUGAGGCAAGGGGAUUCUUCCAGAUUCUUGAAAGCACUUCCUUUGAAGCUGCAGCAAACAGCCUUUGAAAAUGCAUAUUUGAAAGCUCAGGAAGGAAUAAAAGAAAUGUUCCACAGUGCUGAGAACCUUGAGCUUUUGGAUGAGAUUGAUAAUAGAAAGUCUGUUUUACUGCUGGUGAUAGCUGUGGUUUUGUACUGUAGUCCUGUCUUUGAAAAGCAGGCUUUGUUUGCAUUGUGCAAGUCUGUUAAAGAGAAUGGAUUGGAACCUCACCUGGUAAAAAAGGUUUUAAAGCAAGUUUCUGAAACAUUUGGAUAUAGACAUUUAGAAGACUUCAUGGCUUCUCAUUUAGAUUACCUGGUUUUGGAAUGGCUAAAUCUUCAAGAUACUGAAUAUAACUUAUCUACUUUUCCUUUUAUUUUAUUAAACUACACAAAUGUUGAAGAUUUCUAUAGAUCUUGUUAUAAGAUUCUGAUUCCACAUUUGGUGAUCAGAAGUCAUUUUGAUGAGGUGAAGUCCAUUGCUAGUCAGAUUCAAAAGGACUGGAAAAUUCUUCUGAUAGACUGCUUUCCAAAGAUCCUUGUACAUAUUCUUCCUUAUUUUGUCUGUGAGACGACAGGAGAUCUUAGCAUGGGACAGAAAAGAGAGACUGCUACUAAGGUGUAUAAUAUGCUUAAAGAUGAAAACUUUCUGGGAAAACAGAUUGAUCAUUUAUUCAUUAGUAAUUUACCAGAGAUUGUGGUGGAGUUGUUGAUGACGUUACAUGAAACAGCUAAUUCUGGAGCCAGUCACAGCACUGACCUUGGUGAAUUUUCAGGGGAUUUGGAUCCUGCUCCUAAUCCACCCUAUUUUCCAUCACAUGUUAUUAAAGCAACAUUUGCCUAUAUCAGCAAUUGUCAUAAGACCAAGUUUAAAAGCAUUUUAGAUAUUCUUUCAAAAAGCCCUGAUUCCUAUCAGAAAAUUCUUCUGGCCAUUUGUGAACAAGCAGCUGAGACAAAUAAUGUGUAUAAAAAACAUAGAAUUCUUAAAGUAUAUCACCUGUUUGUUAGUUUAUUACUAAAGGAUAUAAAAACUGGCUUGGGAGGAGCUUGGGCCUUUGUUCUUCGAGAUGUUAUUUAUACUUUGAUUCACUCCAUCAACAAAAGGCCUUCUCAUUUCAUGGAUGUGUCAUUACGCAGCUUCUCCCUUUGUUGUGAUCUUUUAAGUCGAGUUUGCCAGGCAGCCGUGACUCACUGUAAGGAUGCAUUAGAAAACCAUCUUCAUGUUAUUGUUGGUACACUUAUUCAUCUUGUGGAUGAUCAGGUAGAAGUUCAAGAACAGGUUUUGGACCUGCUGAAAUACUUAGUGAUAGAUAACAAGAACAAUGAAAACCUCUACCUCACCAUUAAGCUUUUAGAUCCUUUUCCUGACCAUGUUGUUUUUAAGGAUUUGCGUGCCACUCAGCAGAAAAUCAAAUAUAGUAGAGGACCCUUUUCACUCUUGGAGGAAAUUAACCAUUUUCUUUCAGUGAGUGUUUAUGAUGCACUUCCACUGACAAGGCUCGAAGGAUUGAAGGAUCUUCGAAGACAGCUGGAACAGCAUAAAGAUCAGAUGAUAGAUAUUAUGAAAGCUUCUCAGGGUAACCCACAGGAUGGCAUUGUGGUGAAGCUAGUUGUCAGCUUGUUGCAGUUAUCAAAGAUGGCAGUAAAGCAGCCUGGUGAAAAAGAAGUCUUAGAGGCUGUUGGAAGCUGCUUGGGAGAAAUAGGCCCUGUGAAUUUCUCUACUAUAGCUAUACAGCAUAACAAAGAUACAUCUUACACCAAAGCCCUUGAGUUAUUUGAAGAUAAAGAGCUUCAGUGGACCUUACUAAUGCUGACCUACCUGAAUAGUACACUGAUAGAAGAUUGUGUCAAAGUUCGAUCAGCUGCUGUUACUUGUUUGAAAAGCAUUUUGGCUACAAAGACUGGGCAUAGUUUCUGGGAGAUUUAUAAAAUGACAACAGAUCCCAUGCUUACUUAUCUACAGUGUUUUAGAACAUCAAAAAAAAAGUUUUUAGAAGUACCCCAAAUUGUCAAAGAAAACCUACUAGAAGGCCUGGAUGAUGCAAAUCUGUGGAUUCCCUACAGUGAAAAUCAUGACAUUUGGAUAAAGACAUUGACUUGUGCUGUUUUAGACAGUGGAGGCAUAAAAAGUGAAAUUUUCCUAUUAUUAAAGCCCUUGUGUGAAGUGAAAGCUGACUUUUGUCAGACUGUGCUUCCAUACUUGGUUCAUGAUAUUUUACUCCAAGAUACAAAGGAAUCAUGGAGAAAUCUGCUGUCUACACAUGUUCAAGGAUUUUUCACUAGCUGUUUUAGACAUUUGUCACAGGCAAGUCGUUCUACAACUCCUGCAAAUUCUGAUUCAGAGCCAGAGUCCUUGUACCGAUGCUGUUUGGAUAAACAGUCACAAAGAACAAUGCUUGCUGUUGUAGACUACCUGAGAAGACAAAAGAGGCCUUCUUCAGGGACUAUUUUUGAUGAUGCUUUCUGGCUGGAUUUGAAUUACCUGGAGGUUGCAAAGGUUGCUCAGUCUUGUGCUGCUCACUUUACUGCAUUACUCUACGCAGAAAUCUAUGCAGACAAGAAAAGCAUGGAUGAUCAAGAGAAAAGAAGCCCUGCAUUUGAAGAAGAAAGCCAAGGUACAACUAUUUCUAGUCUGAGUGAAAAAAGUAAAGAAGAAACUGGAAUAAGCUUACAGGAUCUUCUUUUAGAAAUCUAUAGAAGUAUAGGAGAGCCAGAUAGUCUGUAUGGCUGUGGUGGAGGGAAAAUGUUGCAACCCCUGACUAGAAUACAUACAUAUGAACAUGAGGCAAUGUGGGGGAAAGCCUUAGUGACCUAUGACCUUGAAACAGCAAUCUGUUCAUCAACCCGCCAGGCAGGAAUAAUUCAGGCAUUGCAGAAUUUGGGCCUUUGCCAUAUUCUCUCCACCUAUUUAAAAGGACUGGAUCAUGAAAAUAAUGAGUGGUGUGCUGAACUACAGGAGCUUUAUUACCAAGCAGCAUGGCGGAAUAUGCAGUGGGACCAUGGCAGCUCUGUAAACCACGGACUAGAAGAAACCAGUUACCAUGAAUCAUUGUACAAUGCGCUGCAGUCUCUAAAAGACAGAGAAUUCUCCACAUUUUAUGAAAGUCUUAAAUAUGCCAGAGUAAAAGAAGUUGAAGAGCUGUGUAAGGGCAGCCUUGAAUCUGUGUAUUCACUGUACCCUGCACUGAGUAGAUUGCAGGCAAUUGGAGAACUGGAAAAUAUCGGGGCACUUUUCUCAAGGUCAGUCACAGACAGGCAACUCUCAGAAGUAUACUUGAAGUGGCAGAAACAAUCCCAGCUACUUAAGGACAGUGAUUUUAGCUUUCAGGAGCCCAUCAUGGCUCUACGAACAGUCAUUUUGGAGAUCCUGGUGCAAAAGGAAAUGGAGAGCUCUCAAAGAGAAUGUUUUAAAGACAUUCUCACUAAACACCUUGUAGAAUUCUCUAUUCUGGCCCGUACUUUCAAGAACACUCAGCUCCCAGAAAGGGCAAUAUUUCAAAUUAAGCAAUAUAAUUUAGCCAUUUGUGGAGUCUCUGAGUGGCAUUUGGAGGAAGCACAAGUAUUUUGGGCAAAAAAGGAGCAGAGUCUUGCCCUGAGUAUUCUCAAACAAAUGAUCAAGAAGUUGGAUGCCAGCUCUACAGAACAUGAUCCUAGUCUAAAAGUUAUAUACACAGAAUGUCUAAGGAUUUGUGGCAACUGGCUAGCAGAAACUUGCUUGGAAAAUCCUGCAGUCAUCAUGAAAUCUUACCUAGAAAAGGCAGUGGAAGUUGCUGGAAGUUAUGAUGGUGAAAGUGAUGAGCUCAGAAAUGGACAGAUGAAGGCAUUUCUCUCAUUAGCACGGUUUUCUGAUACUCAAUACCAGAGAAUUGAAAACUACAUGAAAUCAUCAGAGUUUGAAAAUAAGCAGGCUCUCUUAAAAAGAGCCAAAGAGGAAGUGGGCCUCCUAAGAGAACAUAAAAUUCAGACUAACAGAUAUACAGUAAAAGUUCAACGAGAACUGGAGCUGGACGAAUGUGCACUCCAAGCACUGAAAGAGGAUCGUAAACGCUUCUUAUGUAAAGCAGUUGAAAAUUACAUUAACUGCUUACUGAGUGGAGAAGAACAUGAUAUGUGGGUGUUCCGACUUUGUUCCCUCUGGCUUGAAAAUUCUGCAGUUUCUGAAGUUAAUGGCAUGAUGAAGAGAACUGGAAUGAAGAUUUCAUCAUAUAAAUUCUUGCCUCUUAUGUACCAAUUGGCUGCUAGAAUGGGGACCAAAAUGAUGGGAGGCUUAGGAUUUCAUGAAGUCCUCAAUAAUCUAAUCUCUAGGAUUUCCAUGGAUCACCCCCACCAUACUUUAUUUAUUAUAUUGGCCUUAGCAAAUGCAAACAAAGAUGAAUUUUUGACCAGACCAGAGGCAGCAAGAAGGAGUAAAAUAAACAAAAGUGCACCUAAAGAAAACUCUCAACUUGAUGAGGAUCGAACAGAGGCUGCAAACAGAAUAAUACAUACUAUCAGAAAUAAGAGAUCUAAGAUGGUCAAGAAUGUUGAGGCGCUAUGUGAUGCUUAUAUUAUAUUGGCAAACUUAGAUGCCACGCAGUGGAGGACUCAGAGAAAAGGCAUCAGUAUUCCACCAGAUCAGCCAAUCACCAAACUCAAAAAUUUAGAAGAUGUUGUUGUUCCUACUAUGGAAAUUAAGGUGGAUCCCACUGGAGAAUAUGGAAAUAUGGUGACUAUACAGUCAUUUAAGAAAGAAUUUCGUCUAGCAGGAGGUGUAAAUUUACCAAAAAUAAUAGAUUGUAUAGGUUCUGAUGGCAAGGAAAGGAGACAGCUUGUCAAGGGCCGUGAUGACCUGAGACAAGAUGCUGUCAUGCAGCAGGUUUUCCAGAUGUGUAACAUGUUACUGCACAAGAACACUGAAACUAGGAAGAGGAAACUGAUUAUCUGCACUUACAAGGUGGUUCCUCUCUCUCAGCGUAGUGGUGUUCUUGAGUGGUGCACAGGAACUGUCCCUAUUGGUGAAUUCCUUGUUAACAAUGAAGAGGGUGCUCAUAAGAGAUACAGGCCAAAGGAUUUCAGUGCCUAUCAGUGCCAAAAGAAAAUGAUGGAAGUGCAAAGAAAGUCUUUUGAAGAGAAAUAUGAAACCUUCAUGGAUAUUUGCCAAAAUUUUCAGCCAGUCUUUCGUUACUUCUGCAUGGAAAAAUUCUUGGACCCAGCUGUUUGGUUUGAGAAACGAUUGGCUUAUACUCGCAGUGUGGCCACUUCAUCUAUUGUUGGUUACAUCCUUGGACUUGGAGAUAGGCAUGUGCAGAAUAUCUUGAUAAAUGAACAGUCAGCAGAACUUGUACAUAUAGACUUGGGGGUUGCUUUUGAACAGGGUAAAAUCCUACCUACUCCAGAAACAGUUCCUUUUAGACUGACCAGAGAUAUUGUAGAUGGCAUGGGCAUCACUGGUGUUGAAGGUGUCUUCAGAAGAUGCUGUGAGAAAACCAUGGAAGUGAUGAGAAAUUCUCAAGAAACUCUGUUAACCAUUGUAGAGGUCCUUUUGUAUGAUCCGCUUUUUGACUGGACUAUGAAUCCUUUGAAAGCAUUGUAUUUGCAGCAGAGGCCUGAAGAUGAAACUGAGCUCCAUUCCACUCUGAAUGCAGAUGACCAAGAGUGCAAACGGAAUCUUAGUGAUACUGACCAGAGCUUCAACAAAGUAGCAGAACGUGUAUUGAUGAGACUGCAAGAGAAACUGAAAGGAGUGGAAGAAGGCACUGUGCUCAGUGUGGGAGGACAGGUGAACUUGCUCAUACAGCAGGCCAUGGACCCCAAAAAUCUCAGCCGACUUUUCCCAGGAUGGAAAGCUUGGGUGUGAUCGUCAGUGUUAUGAAUUACCCUUGGAUUUGACCCAUAGAAAUUAUAUUUCACCCAACAAGUUUGAAUAGGGAUUAAUAUUAAAAUGAAUAAGUAUUUUUUUAAUUUUAUAUUGUUGUUGCUUGAGACAAGGUCUCAUGUAGCCCAGGCUGGCUUGAACUUCAUAUCCACUUCCUAUUACAGGUGUGCACCAUGACACCUAGUUUUCUGUGGUGCUGGUAUCAAACCAGUCCUUUGUGGAUAUUGGUAAGGACUGUCAACUGAGCUCAACCCUAGGCUCUUAAGGAACAACUGGUUUUAAACUAAUGUCCACUACUUGAUUCAGUCACCACUCAGUGACACUUCGAUGGUGUCCAGGAACAUUUCUGCUCUCAUAUGAUAGAAAUGAUAGUUACUCAUGCUCUACUUCUGUGCUUCUGGGUGCUCUUUAAUGUCAUAUUUGUAUUGUUUUCAAUAGGCUUUCUGACAUGAACUAGCUGUCAUACGUGUUUUCAGUAUGACGAACUGAAAACAGUAGAAGCUGCAGUGACAGUUUGGCUUUUGAUAGGAGUUAGAACAAAUAAAUAGCUAUUACUUUGAGUUAGCUCUUAAUUAUAAAACAUGUUUCUGAAAUAUAAUUCACAUAUGUAUACACACACACACACAAUGAAUUACUUAUUGUAUAAAGGUGGCUGGGAAGAUGUCUCAGUGGUUAAGUGGGCUUGCUUGCAAAGCCUGCUGGCCCUGGUUUAAUUCCUAAGC